UGCUGAAGUAAUAAUAUUAACAUGCAUGACGUCACCUAUGACUUAGCAGGAGAGAUUUGCAGUCUUUCAGCCUGUAAAAUGGUUAUUUAGCAAUCCUAAUCCUGAUUCUUAGAUGAGAUUUCCCCCAGGCCUCGCCUGCCUGCCUGCUUUAGGAGAGAUAAAAGAGAUUUGCAGUUUUUCAUCCUGCACAAUGGUUAUUUAGCAAUCCUAAUCCUGAUUCUUAGAUGAGAUUUCCCCCAGGCCUCGCCCUGCCUGCUUUAGGAGAGAUAAAGAAAGAUUUGCAGUUUUUUCAGCCUGUAAAAUGGUUAUUUAGCAAUCCUAAUCCUAGCUGUUAGAUGAGGUUUCCCCCAGGCCUCACCUGCCUGCUUUGGUGGAGUGAUGUGGGAUUUGGUUUGGUAGCCUGCUUGAAGAGGUCGUGGGUUGGAGUAGUUCUGGGCUUUUGGCCUUUCGGAUUGCGUUCUGCCUCCAGGUUCUUGGCUCCUUUUAAAAGGACCCUCACUCUCCUCUCCACUCCCACCACCACCACCUACCCUGUCUGUCUGCCGCCGCUCCGGUGAAGCGUGAUUUUAUACUGCAAUGAUAGAUACCAGCUUUUCCAAAGAGGCCAUGAGGAAACUCAUGGGCGAAGAAGCGCACUACAGGCCAAGUUUUGCUGAUAUAGAGGAUGAGGACUUUCAGUGCUGGCUUAACAUUGGCCUUUGGGAAUACCAACCAAGGUGGUGUAAGCGGAUAAAAGAAGAGGAUAAUGAGUUAGUUGAGAUGGAAAGCGGUUGGGCUGAGCAUCAUCUCGAGUCUUUUGAUACUAAGCAAAAUCUUGCAGCUUAUGUCAGGGCUCUUCGUUCUUGUUGGGGAUUCUCUUACGAAGAUCGCCUGAAACCACAUAUUCCUGUUGCAACGGAUCGUGUUCUUCCACUUUCCCUGGCUUCCAGCUACAAGGGAAUGCGUUUGGUGACUCUUCAGUCGAAGGAGAAAGCUGCAAGGCUGAAAUCUCUCCGAGCAAUGAACAAGACUGUGGAGAACAUGCGUACCAAGAUUGGAAUGAAGAACAAUGUGAUCCGCAAGCUGCCCAAGAACUGCCCAUACUAGGCCAUUCCACUCUGGUUGUGAGAGAAGAGUCCCUGGAGCUCCAGUACAGGCUUACAGCAUCACCUUUGUGCUUGUGGCCAUGGGUGUUCUUUCUGUGCUUCUGUUAGUCAUGGCACAGAAGCAAUAAUAAUCGAAUAAUAGAACCUUACUGUCAAGUUCUGUAAUAACUGUUAAAGUGGACACAGAUCUUUAUGUUGUUGAAGUUGCUCCUGGAAUAAGAGUAUCAUAUCAUGCUUGUUUCUAUA